CGGGGGCCGGCCGUGGAAAGGCCGAGCGGCGAUCCGCGGAUGCCCGCUUCGUUCUUGCAAGCCGCCGCUUCCAUGGCCGGCCAGGGACGCGGGGGCUCCGGCUCGUCCCCGGCGCUGCUUCUGGGGCUGCUGCUGCUGGCUUUGCCCCGUGGCGGCGGCGGCCAUCCCCGCCCUCCAGCCGCCCCGAUGCGUUUCAACGUCAGCCUGGACAGCCCGCCCGAGCUCCGGUGGGCCCCGGUCGGCCGGCACUUCGACCCCGCGUUCAUGCGAACCGUCAUCGGUCACAUCAUCGAUUCCGUCAUCCCCAAAUGGGUGCAUGCCAUUAUUCGACCUAUCGCAGAAGAAAUAGGAACCUACAUCCCCCAGCCUUAUGAAGGAGAGAUCCGGGGACUUUCCAAAAUCUUCGGGAUUAACGUUGGUGACGGGGUCCUGCUGAACCUGGCCUACGAAUUCACGGCUUUCUGCACCAGUAUUGUCGCUCAAGACAAACAAGGAAAUAUAUAUCACGGUCGGAAUAUGGACUACGACUUUGGAAAUUAUUUAAGCAAGAUCACCAUUGAUGUGGAUUUCAUCAAGGAUGGGCAGGUAAAAUUCAAAGGCACCACCUUCUUCGGCUACGUUGGUUUAUGGACGGGGCAGAGUCCACACAAGUUUUCCAUCUCUGGGAAUGAACGAGAUGUUGGCGCCUGGUGGGAGAAUGCCAUUGCAGCCUUUUUGGCUCGAUACAGUCCAGCCAGCUGGCUUAUCAGAACUGUUCUGAGUGAAGCAGAUGAUUUUGAAACGGCUUUCUAUAUGCUCGCCAAGAUACCUAUUAUAGCAGAUGUUUAUUAUAUCAUCGGUGGGACCACACCCAGACAAGGGGCGGUGAUUACAAGGAAAAGAAGAGGCCCGGUCGAUGUUUGGCCUUUGGAUCCUUUAAAUGGGGGGUGGUACCGCGUGGAGACCAACUAUGACCACUGGAUCAGCCCACCACCUUACGAUGACCGAAGAACUCCAGCUAUUAAAGCACUAAACAAGACAGGACAGGAACAUAUCAAUCUUAAUUCCCUCUUUCAGGUAUUAUCGACAAAACCAGUAUUAAACAAGCUCACCAUUUAUACCACUUUGAUGAGUAACGCAGAUCCAGACAAGUACCAGACUUUUAUCAGGACCCAGGAGUGAAGAUGUAAAAUGAAGGAAGGAAAACUUUUGGAAACGCAAAGUCAGCAGUGUGUUUAUUAAUUGUGUAUGCACAAUAACUAACUGGUGUAUAGUAUUUUCUGCAAAACUAUCAUUUUUUAACAGAAGAAAAAGGAAUUUACUGCUUCCCAGCACUUACGGGCUAGUGCGUCGGCAAUGGAUAGUGAAAUAAUAGGCAUGGGAUAAGAGCCAAAUAAGGGAUGCAGUGGCUAAGAUGCUGAGCGUGUCAAUCUGAAAGAAUCUCAACUCUUCUGAGUCUUAGGAGACAAUAUUUCUAAUCCCAGCUUUUAUUGGUUAAACAUCAUGUCCUAUGGACUAUUUUAGCCUAUAUUUCAAAAAUCAGGUCGCCCUGUGGCUAUAUGACAUUGCUAGGCCACGAUUAGAUACACCUUUAUUUGGUGUUCCUAAAGAAAAUGGAUUGAAACCAUAAAAUAUGUGUGGAUCACAUCAGGACUUGGACAGACAACCUUGGAUCUACCUAUUUCGCCAACGGCAAGAUAUACCUUUGAGUAUUUAUGGUGGCUUGAGUCUCCCAUGUGUAUGGAAAACUGCAAAAAUUGGACAAUCUCUUAAUUUCCAGGAUGGACAAAGAGUUCCCUGCAUUCCCAGCUUUGCAGAAUACAUCUGGAAAUGUGGGUCCUUGAUGCUCUCUUUUGAAAAGCAACUUUGGGACAACAAAAUCAGAUGGUUUUAAUUAUUGGGUGGAGGCCAACAGCAUAUUCCAGGGCUGUACACCAGGCGAGGGAGGUAAAUAACAUUAUGGAGAACCCCUAGGAGCUACAGUUGGUGCAGAAUGUAACAAGUGUUGAUGGGUGUAACUUGGUACACCCAUGUCAUGCCUUUACUUUAUGAGUUUUGCUGGCUUCUGGGUGCAAUUGAAGGUGCUGAUUGCCACCGACACAGCCCAUCAUGCACAACGAGGCUAGGAUAUUUCUCUGAUUGUCUCUAUUUGGUAGGCUCUGUGUUGUCAGAGCGUGCACACAGGUCUAUCCCAUGUAUCUACCUAGGAGCAAGUACCGCCAACAGUGGUUUGUAUCACAUAGUGGUUUUUAUCUACACUAGGAAUGUAGGAAUACUAUACAUACACAUAGUACAAGCAGCAUCUAAACAAAUAGCAAUUACAGCAGGGAAGAAAUGCAAAGAACCAAGGAACACUCUAACAGGACCUCCUCUUACUAUACAGGCUCUUAAAGGGAUAACAGCCAAAGACCCUGCUGACUCAUUCCCCUCUUUGCAUCAGCUGGUCGGCUCUUAAAUUAACACCUUGACAUGUGUCCUGUCCGUUAAAAAGUGUCCUCUUCUGAAACCCAGGAAGUAUGCCUUUCUAUCACUGUACCCACCCUUGGGAACCCAAGAUUAGGUUGGCCCCGACCCCAGUAGCCUUUCAAACAACCCUGGAGGAAUUGACUCUUUCCCUAAAUGUGGAAGUUGGAAUCAGAAAGGUUUUUAUUGUUUGAGUCUUGUUAUUAUACAUCUCUGCCUGA